AUGAAAACUAGCAACCCCCCGAUCAUACAAUUGAGAGGCAAACAUUUCAAUCCGUACCAGCAUCGUCUUGACUGCUGGUUCGGCUUCCGAGUGAGCACUCCAGCCCUCUAUUCCAGCUCUACUCUGGUCAAGUGUGCCGUGCCGAAGCUCCUUCCCGGUACCGUCGCUGUUUACUUGGGCGAUGAGCAGGGCAUACAUGGCAAUAGCAACGGUCAAUACACGGUCGUAAGUAGGGGACAUGUCCAUGCAGUCGAGCCGAGCAGCGGGCCGGUGACAGGAGGUACCGCCGUCGUCAUGAGCGUGCGAGGAGGUGCAGGCUUUGCGUCAGCUAUCUUCUGUCGUAUUGGGGAAGGUCAGGUGGUGCAGGCCCAAGCGCUCAGCAGCUCCAGGAUCCUUUGCACCAUGCCGGCUGUACAGAAGAGCGGGACAGUGCUGAUACGGGCAGUAGAGGGAGCCCAAGGGUCGAGUAGGGGCCUUGAGGGAGAAGUGAGGUAUGUUUACUACAAUGAGCCUGUGGUGACUCGCGUGGAGCCAAGCAGUGGCGCUCUGGAAGGGGGUACCAUGCUGAGCCUGUAUGGGCGGGGGCUGGAAGAAGGCAGCAAUCUAACGUGCAGGUUCGGGACCGGAGAUGCGGUCGCAGGCCGGCAAGAGACUUCUACGAUGGCCACCUGUGUUGCACCCCCGCGCCCAGUCAAGGACGUCGUCUGGUUGCAGGUGAGCCUCAACGGAGGCGCGGACUUCUCCGGAUCUGCAGUCGAGUACGCAUAUGAGGCCGGGGCUACGGUGGACGAGGUGAGGCCGUCCGCGGGAGAUAGCGGGGUCGACGGUCAGACCGUGACCGUGAUAGGCCGCCACUUCGGGUCGGGACAAGGGCUGAGCUGCUUGUUCGGGACAAGGGGGCGGGUACGGGGCAUGCCGAUGACGUCGACGGCGGUAGUCUGUGUAGCGCCGAGAGGGGGUCCGGGGGCGGUCGGGGUAUCGGUGAGCAACAACGGAGUGGAUGAAGGGCAAACAAGGGGCGGGUUCGUGUACAGCGGUGAUCUUAAGGUAAUACGCAAGGUCACCCCAAGCUCAGGGCCGUUGGCUGGGGGUACCAACGUGACCAUAGCAGUCGACGGUUUGCGUCGGGCGGCGUUGUCAUGGACGACAGAGAGACCUUUGUGGUGUUUAUUCCGGGGAAUUUCGGAAAACAGAAACGCAGUAAGGGGACGGGCUUUGACCACGUCGCUGAUCAGCUGUAAGUCGCCUACAAGCUUGCGGGCAGGAGAAACGAAGAUAGAGAUAGAACUGUCCAACCAUGGUCCAACAUUGAGUAUAGAGUCUGCAUUCGUCUACUACGAGGGGCCAGAGGUGAGCUCGGUGGUGCCCAGCAUAGGGAGACAGACGGGAGGUAUGGUGGUAAGUGUCGUGGGCCAGGGCCUCAUAUCCCGAGAUCCCGUUUGUCAAUUUGGCCCGUCCAUAGUCCAGGGCAAGGACGUUACGAGCCUUAGCUCAUCAUUGCUGCUAUGUACCACGCCCGCAUCACUGCUUGGCAGUACGGUAGUCAGGCUGCAGGUGAGCCUCAACGGAGGCGCGGACUUCUCCGGAUCUGCAGUCGAGUACGCAUAUGAGGCCGGGGCUACGGUGGACGAGGUGAGGCCGUCCGCGGGAGAUAGCGGGGUCGACGGUCAGACCGUGACGGUGAUAGGCCGCCACUUCGGGUCGGGACAAGGGCUGAGCUGCUUGUUCGGGACAAGGGGGCGGGUACGGGGCAUGCCGAUGACGUCGACGGCGGUAGUCUGUGUAGCGCCGAGAGGGGGUCCGGGGGCGGUCGGGGUAUCGGUGAGCAACAACGGAGUGGAUGAAGGGCAAACAAGGGGCGGGUUCGUGUACAGCGGUGAUCUUAAGGUAAUACGCAAGGUCACCCCAAGCUCAGGGCCGUUGGCUGGGGGUACCAACGUGACCAUAGCAGUCGACGGUUUGCGUCGGGCGGCGUUGUCAUGGACGACAGAGAGACCUUGGGGUUGCGUUUUUGGAACCUCAGUCGUGCAAGCACAAGCUUUGACCACGUCGCUGAUCAGCUGUAAGUCGCCUACAAGCUUGCGGGCAGGAGAAACGAAGAUGUCGUUGGUGGACGAUCUUGGUAACGUCGUUGUCAAGGGCAAGUCUGCAUUCGUCUACUACGAGGGGCCAGAGGUAAGCUCGGUGGUGCCCAGCAUAGGGAGACAGACGGGAGGUAUGGUGGUAAGUGUCGUGGGCCAGGGCCUCAUAUCCCGAGAUCCCGUUUGUCAAUUUGGCCCGUCCAUAGUCCAGGGCAAGGACGUUACGAGCCUUAGCUCAUCAUUGCUGCUAUGUACCACGCCCGCAUCACUGCUUGGCAGUACGGUAGUCAGGCUGCAGGUGAGCCUCAACGGAGGCGCGGACUUCUCCGGAUCUGCAGUCGAGUACGCAUAUGAGGCCGGGGCUACGGUGGACGAGGUGAGGCCGUCCGCGGGAGAUAGCGGGGUCGACGGGCAGACCGUGACGGUGAUAGGCCGCCACUUCGGGUCGGGACAAGGGCUGAGCUGCUUGUUCGGGACAAGGGGGCGGGUACGGGGCAUGCCGAUGACGUCGACGGCGGUAGUCUGUGUAGCGCCGAGAGGGGGUCCGGGGGCGGUCGGGGUAUCGGUGAGCAACAACGGAGUAGAAGGAGAGACCGCUAGCGGCAUCGUCAGCGUGAGGUAUGAGUACCGCUCAGGGAUGUCAGCAAAGUCCGUGGGACGAUCGGAGGUGAGGACGGGACUGGGGAGUGGCUCUGUGUAUUCGGAGACUCUAUGA